AAGCAGCAGCUUGCGUUCCUUUCUAGUCAGGCUGGAUGUCAUUGUCGCGAGCAAACACCAUCCAACAAGAAGGUAGCGAAGGUAGCUCCUCCUCCUCGCUUGGUUAUGGUUUUAAGAAUGGAAGUAAGGGGCGAGAGCGAAGCAUUCCAAUGCGCUGCUCUCCUCCUCCGCCUCGCCAUCGCCACCAGCAGUUCGAAGAGCUCUUGCCAGGCUUGACAGAGAACAAUCCCCCCAGCAGCAGCAGCAUGGUGAGCCUGGAAGAAGAUGGCCUCGGAAUCUACACGCAGUGCUCCGAAAUCUGGAACAACACUUGACGAGGCAAGAGGUCUUAUGGUUUCAUUAUUCUUUCUAGCGGUGUGGCCUAUACGUUGGAGGAGAAAAUCCAGGAAGGGGAAGUCUAGAAGCGUGCACGACAUACCCAGCACUCCGAAAGACAUCCCGGAAGUCAGGACAGAACCGAGCGCGAGAAUUUCUCGCAGACCUCCGAGCUUCGAUACGUUUGAGUACUCUGUCCGGAGGAAUUCGAGCAGUUUCAGGAUUUUCAAGCACGGGGAUGUGGUGGAGAGCAGCAGCUUAGAUUACUCUCCGCCAGUGACAGACACCGAGAUGGCUGUGUCCCAGGACAGUGAGAGCAAUUCAGGAACGACAGUGUCGUUCACUCCCCAGCAGCAAGUUUCGUCAUAUCUCGGUUGGGGCAAUUGGUACUGUUUGGAGGAACUUGAGAUCGCCACUGGUGGAUUCUCGGAGAGAAACAUAAUUGGUGAAGGUGGCUAUGGUAUAGUUUACAAGGGAGCCGUCUCAGAUGGAACGAUGGUGGCUUGCAAGUACCUCACCAACAAAGAUCAGGCGGAGAAAGAAUUCCUCGUCGAAGUUGAGACAAUCGGUCGAGUGCGGCACAAGAAUCUCGUGAAGUUGCUCGGUUUCUGUGCGGAAGGCGAUCACAGAAUAUUGGUUUAUGAAUAUGUCAACAAUGGUAACUUGGACGAGUGGCUUCACGGCAAAACUUCUCGGUUUAAAACACCUAGCUGGGAUUCCCGCAUGAAAAUCAUCCUUGGAACAGCGAAAGGACUGGCCUACAUGCACGAAGCUAUAGAACCGAAGAUCGUUCACAGAGACAUAAAAGCGAGUAACAUUCUCCUCGAUAGUCACUGGAACGCCAAAGUCUCCGAUUUUGGCCUUGCUAAGUUCCUUGGUUGCGAGAAAACACACGUGAUGACUAGAGUCAUGGGUACUUUUGGAUAUGUUGCUCCCGAGUACGCGAACACGGGACUCCUCAACGAACGGAGCGACGUUUACAGCUUUGGCGUCCUUCUCAUGGAAGUUGUCACUGGACGAGAUCCCGUUGAUUACUCAAGACCACCUGGAGAGGUUAAUCUAGUGGAUUGGCUGAAGCUCAUGCUCGCUACGAGACGCAUGGACGAUAUUGCCGAUCCCAGGCUCGAAGAGAAGCCAUCGCCUAGAGCUCUAAAGAAGGCGCUCAUCACAGCGUUCCAGUGCGUCCAUCCGGACGUACGCAAGCGACCAACAAUGGGACACGUCGUUCACUUGCUAGAGGCCGAGAACUUCCAGCUUCCAGAUAGCUGGAGAGCAGUGAAGGAGAUGGGAUUGUCCAAGCUCAUCGAGAGCCAGACGCAAAAGAGGCUCGUCCAGAGCCUCUCGAGAGAGCUCCAAGCGCAAAGCCACAGCAGCGAGAGCCCCCGGACGAAACGAAUGCUAGCUCACCAGCGAUACGCCGCAUAAUACAAUAUGCCGGGGGCAUCUAUUCGUAUGUACAUAUAGCGCUUGUGCGAUGGCGGCCACGUGGACGGUCGACAUCUCGCCAGUGGAAAUCGCCGGUCAAUUUUCACAUGCGUGGUGACUCUGAAUAAAUUUCCAAAUGUACCCGCCA